UUUCGCCACUCCUCCAGGACUUCCACCCUAAGGAAAGAAGCCCCUGGACCAACAUCCUCUAAGAUGUUUAUAUGGACCAGUGGCCGGACUUCUUCAUCUUACAGACAUGAUGAGAAAAGAAAUAUUUACCAAAAAAUCAGGGACCACGACCUCCUGGACAAAAGGAAAACUGUCACAGCACUGAAAGCAGGAGAGGACCGGGCCAUUCUCCUGGGACUGGCCAUGAUGGUGUGCUCCAUCAUGAUGUACUUUCUGCUGGGAAUCACACUCCUGCGCUCAUACAUGCAGAGUGUAUGGACCGAGGAGGCUCAGUGCACCUUGCUGAAUGCGUCCAUCACAGAAACAUUUAACUGCUCCUUCAGUUGUGGUCCGGACUGCUGGAAACUCUCUCAGUAUCCCUGCCUACAGGUGUAUGUCAACCUGACUUCUUCCGGUGAAAAGCUCCUCCUCUACCACACAGAAGAGACAAUAAAAAUCAAUCAGAAGUGCUCCUAUAUACCCAAGUGUGGAAAAAAUUUUGAAGAAUCCCUGUCCCUGGUGAAUGUUGUCAUGGAAAACUUCAGGAAGUACCAACACUUCUCCUGCUACUCUGACCCGGAAGGAAACCAGAAGAGUGUCAUCCUAACCAAACUCUACAGUUCCAACGUGCUGUUCCAUUCACUCUUUUGGCCAACCUGCAUGAUGGCUGGGGGCGUGGCAAUUGUUGCCAUGGUGAAACUCACACAGUAUCUUUCCCUGCUCUGUGAAAGGAUCCAGCGGAUCAACAGAUAA